UCCUUCCAUUUCCGGAGUCUCUCCAUCGCUCUCCCCAAAACCCUAUUGUUCUCCGAAUCGGAAGUCUCGAUCUUAAACCCCGUCUUCCUUCCAUUGCCCUUCGCCUUCGGGGUGAAAGGAAAACGCUUGCUGGAACUGUUCACUACUUUUUACGCCUUCCUUUUUGUUGGUUCGUUUUGGGUGGUGGAUGCUUUGUGCGUGAGGAAGCAGAAGGGACGAUUUGAUAUUAAGAUCAACAGAAUGGCAACCCAGGCAGCAACAGCUUUCAGUGGCAACAUAAAGAAAGCAUUUGCUGGCAUUAAACGGAUCAACCUCGAUGGUCUGCGGUGGAGAGUCUUUGAUGCGAAAGGCCAGGUACUUGGCCGGUUAGCAUCUCAGCUAUCCAUUGUUCUGCAAGGCAAGGACAAGCCAACUUAUGCACCCAACCGUGAUGAUGGAGAUAUGUGCAUUGUGAUUAACGCCAAGGAUAUAUCGGUUACAGGGAGAAAAAUGACCGAUAAGGUCUAUUACUGGCAUACAGGGCAAUCUUGGUGCAGCUAUAUUGGGCACCUCAAGGAAAGGACUUUGAAAGACCAAAUGGCCAAGGACCCAACAGAAGUCAUUCGCAAAGCUGUUAUGCGUAUGCUCCCAAGAAAUAAAUUGCGUGAUGACCGGGAUAGAAAGUUGAGGAUUUUUGCUGAUGGUGAGCACCCCUUUGGUGAUCGGCCCAUUGAACCAUAUGUGAUGCCUCCCAGGACAGUUCGAGAAAUGCGCCCUCGUGCUAGACGAGCCAUGGUUCGAGCGCAGAAGAAGGCUGAGAUGCAAGCUCAGGGCGGUAGUGACACCAGGAAAAAUAAAAAGAAAGAAGUUGAAGAGGAAGAGGACGCAUGAGAAACACCCAUUAAUAAACGAUCCUCCCUGAUCAGCGAGCUCUUUCAGAGAUCCCUCGUCCAAUGCCUGUGUUUUGCUUUUCCUUUGAAAAGGACAUUCUGUUUGUGGGAUAUCCCAAGUGGGUUUUGUGCUUAAAAAAAUAGGAGUGCAAGUUAUCGUUUCUGCAAAAUUGGUUACUUCUUACAUCGCUCUGUAACACAUACAAGAGAAAUAUGGUUCCAUGAACUGAAUGGCUAUUAAAACGUUUAUGAGAACUGAAUGCUUACUUAUCCAGCAACAUAA